AUGAGAGGUAACAACGGUACAGAAGUAACGGAGUUCAUUUUGUUGGGGUUCUCGGGAUUUGGCAUUCUCCGAGGCCAUCUGUUCUGGGGUGUGCUGUGUAUCUAUGUGGUUACCCUGAUGGGCAACUCUCUCAUCAUCCUCCUCACACUGGCUGACGCCGCCCUCCACUCCCCCAUGUACUUCUUCCUGCGUCACUUCUCCUUGGUGGAGAUCCUCUACACCACGACCAUCGUGCCUCGGAUGUUGGUUGACCUCCGGUCCUCCCGGCCCACCAUCCCCCUGGCCAGCUGCUUCACUCAGCUGUAUUUCUUUGCCCUUUUUGGCAUUGCCGAGUGCUGCUUGCUCACUGCCAUGGCCUAUGACCGAUACGCUGCCAUCUGCUGCCCACUGCAUUAUACCACGCUAAUGAGCCAGGGUACGUGCGCCACCAUGGUGGGGGCCUCUUAUCUUGCCGGCAUCGUCACCGGCACCACUCACUCUGUCUUCAUCUUCACUUUGCCUUUCCGUGGUGCCAACACCAUCCACCAUUUCCUCUGUGACAUCCUGCCUGUGCUGAGGCUGGCUAGCGCAAGCACUUUCUGGGGUGAGGUGGGGAACCUUGUCAUCACGGUAGCUUUUAUCUUCAUGCCCUUCUCGUUGAUUGUGGCUUCUUACGCCCGCAUCCUCACCACCAUCCUUGGUGUCGCAACAUCCCAGGAGCGUCAGAAAGUCUUUUCUACCUGCUCCUCCCACUUGUUUGUGGUCAUUCUCUUUUUUGGGACUGGGACUGUUGCCUAUAUGAGGCCUCAGGCAGAUUCCCUUGGGGACAUGGACCAAAUUCUUACCAUGUUCUACACGGUUGUCACUCCCAUGUUAAACCCUUUUGUUUACACUCUGAGGAACAAGGAGGUCACAGGGGCCAUGAGGCGGCUCAUGAAGAGAUACCUCUGGGGUCCUUGA